AUGGACGUCAGUAUAAGCCAAAAUUUGAUUAAAUUCAGUUACUUUGACCCAUUCGAUGUUUUCGAAAGCAUUCGAAAGGAAUUGGAAGAUAGACUUCCGUUCAAAAGUCUACAUUGGAAGCCAGUGAAUGAGAGCUUACGGACAAUUUCGAGUCUUCCGGUGGGAUUAGUGAGAGAAACAGACGAAAAAUCAGGAUCUGACUGCAGCAAGCAACCGCUCAUACUAUUUUUGGUGAUAAAUUGCACAUCCAUCGAUGAUUACAGGGCGAAAAUACGCCCAUUGGUGAGACAGUGGCUCCCUCCAUCCAACGGGACUGGGGAUGAAGAUAGCUCUCACGGCAUGCCGGUGAAAAGAAUUGCAUUGAUACACACAAAUUCCAGUGUUUCAGGAAGCAAUAUCUUCAAAACAUUUAUGUUUUCUGAGAAGUUUAGUAAAGACUUCCCAUUUCUCACUGCCAUUGAGAUCAAGACCAUUUACAAAUCUGAAAAAGAGAAGAUGGACUUUUGGAACGGGACGCUGAAUCGUUUACGUCGUUAUACAAUGGAGGUUUUCGAGCAACGGCUCGCUUAUUUGGAAACCCAACGCAGCAGCAUCGCAACUGGUGAAACGGGUCAACUGGCUGCGAUACAAGAAAAUAUACUGAAUCUAUUUUUGAGCUUUCAUCUCAAUGACGAGGCUUCCCGAGAGCUGGAAAGUCUUAAACACACGCUUUUUCAAAACAUGGCCGCAGCAUCGCCCACCGGCGAAUUGGAGAUUCCUUUCCAAAUUUCACCAAAUGAUGAAAGGGCCAGAAGCAACUCAUUCAAAAUGGAUCUUGAUAAUCAGAAGUACAGCACCACCUUCGGGCUCAAUAAGUUUUUUUUCCUAAAACAGUGUGAGCUCAUUCAAAGCACUCAUGCACAGGCCGCAAGAAAUGCGCGUCUUUAUCAGCUAACCAAAUCUUUUUUAAAGACAAUCGGUAGACAUUUCAGAGGUUCGCCUUUGCUCAACAAUUUCAAAUGGUCAUUUGUGGCAUCUUUGCUGGAAAGCAGUAUUUUCGAUUCCGCAGAGUCACACAGCUACCGCGAGAUUGUGGCCGAUCUUAAAAUACUUCAACGAGACUGUUGGAUAGAUUUGGCAUACGCUUCAAAGGGUUUUAAACUACUACAUCGAACUUAUCCAGCCGGAGGAAGCAAGACGCAGUUGGAAAGUUUGAAUGCGACAUUCAGGGACGAAGAGACUUUCCACAAAAGCUAUUUCUUUGCAACAAAAGAAAUUAUCACCUUAUUGAACGGUCACAAUUCUAAGAAGUAUCGAACGGUCGACCUUCUUUCUGUCGAACUUGGACUUCUGCACUAUCAACGUGAAGAGUAUCAUAUGGCCAUUAGCAUUCUACACCCGUGUCAUGAAUAUUACAAGGGGUCUAGUUGGAACCUCUUGGCUUACCAUUUGUUAGAAUGUUUCAUCGAUUGCUUGAUAAAAUGUCCCGAGGUGGAAACACUUGCCAUAGGUGACGAGAACGUUCCAGCCCCCACUGUCUUGAGCAACUCAAUAUUAGAUUUACUGACUUCUGUCAAAACUGAUGACCUUAAGAGCUACUGGUGGGAUCGAUUCAUCGAAAUAAAUGAAGGAUGUGAUGGGAGUCUAAUUUAUCCACUGACCAACCUAUUCGACUUCGAUAUUCAGGGGAAACUAAUUGUGACACGACCCAAUCAUUUUGGCUUGAAGGUCAAAAUAACUAACGAUAAGAUACCAAAAUCUGUGGAGGUAAGAAAGAUGCAACUACGUUUCAAAAGCAGCGAUGACAAUAUAUUAGAGUUUGAUUUGCAAGAUGUCACUGUAAAACCUGGUGAGAAUGCAGUUUUCUUGGAAUGCACAAGAAUUUACUUCGGUAUUGUGAAAAUUGUUAGUUUAACGUGCACCGUGGGAAAAACAAUUUUUUGCCAAGAGUUCAGUCCCGAUGACGGGCGAGUCACCGAGCUUGAGCGUCCCAUAGAGGCUCGAAAUUUUGAGAUAAUUGCAGCCCCGUCAAACAAAUUUGAGAUUGGGAAAACCUCAAUCAACUUGAAAUACUUCAACAAUGAAAGAGUAGAGAAAUUCAAAUUAACUCUGACAGCCAUUGAGAUAAGUUCAAAAGCCCCGUUAUCAUUCGACAAAGAUGGUCGUCAACUUUCUAAAGAAAUUGAAGGCUUUGGCAUAUCUAAUGUGGAUUUAUUUGGACUCCCGUCGGGCGAUUUCCAACUCAAACAGGAGCUUGCUUUCAAAAUGAGCGACUACCCCGACAAGGAUUUUUACCAACGGGAUGUAAAGGACAUCAAGUCCACUUUGCCUGUUAGUGUUUCUGUCGAGGAUAUUGUCUUGGAUGGCAUGUUCUACUUCAAGUUUUUGAUCAACUCUUCAUCACCCACGGAGCCAAUCUUACUGCAUAAAUCAAGUCUUUCAUCAUUGAGACCGGAAAAGUACAGUAUCAGCGGAGGAUUCAUACCAAAAUGUUCUUUGCUGGUCAAAAAUGGCGAAAGUGACACUUGCUAUUCCUUUUUCCAGGUUUCAACCAAACCUUCAGAACGAUUUGCAAGCGAAGACCUAUUUCAUCUGAACGUGGCCUUCAAUACACUCAAAGACCAAUUGGAUCACUUGGUGACCAAUGCGAUAUUGAUUCAAGGAAACCCGCAGCUCGCCUCAAAGAUGGAGUCAUAUCGUGAUACCUGGAACUCCAUGAUCCUCACAAGAUUGGUAUAUGACUAUUCGUUGUUUGAGAGUACCUUUUCAUUGAAGCUUGUUUCAGACGAGUCCUAUGUGAACGACUUAAACCUACUCUUGAAUUCUAGAAUACACGACGUGCAGUUCCUUGAAGCAUCAACGAAGUGCCUACAGGCAAUCCAAAAAGGUUUCCAAUUUUCCCGUCUCGAAAUCGAUGAGUAUACCAAGGACCUGGUACCUUCUAUGCUUUUGGUUCCCGUAACUCUUCCUCGAUUGAGCCAUUUCUUUUCGGUGAAUUUGAAGUGUGAGAAAGGCCCAGGGUUGACAUUGGAAUUGGGCCAGGUAAUGUCCUUUUCACUAUCCGUCAAAGACGCUGCAGUUGAUUGGCAAACAACAUCUAGCAAGGCCAACAAUCACAUCCUCGAGCUUUUUAACUCCAGCGAAUGGCUUAUUGAUGGAAAGAGAAGGUUUAGUAUAGAAGGAGAAAGUGAUGCGCACACGAUCAAUAUGAUUCCGCUUCGAAGAGGUUAUCUCAAGUACCCAAAAAUCGAAAUAACAGAAAACGGUCGGAAGAUUUCAGAAGUAAACUAUUGCAACUCUAACGAAGUUACGUUGGUACUUUGA